UGUCUCCUCCACGUGGGGACGCAGGAUGGCGGCGGCAGUGGCGGACGAGGCGGCGGCGCGCGACGUGCAGCGGCUGCUAGUGCAGUUCCAGGAUGAGGGCGGGCAGCUGCUGGGCUCCCCGUUCGACGUGCCCGUGGACAUCACCCCGGACAAACUGCAGCUCAUCUGCAACGCGCUGCUGGCCCAGGAGGACCCCCUGCCUCUGGCUUUCUAUGUCCACGAUGCUGAGAUCGUGUCCUCCCUGGGGAGGACGCUGGAGGCCCAGGCGGUGGAGACGGAGAAGGUCCUCGACAUCAUUUACCAGCCGCAGGCUAUCUUCAAGGUCCGCGCUGUGACCCGCUGCACCAGCUCCUUGGAGGGUCACAGCGAGGCGGUCAUUUCUGUGGCCUUCAGCCCCACCGGAAAGUACCUGGCCAGCGGCUCUGGAGACACCACUGUGCGCUUCUGGGACCUCAGCACCGAGACACCGCAUUUCACGUGCCAGGGACACAGACACUGGGUCCUCAGCAUAUCCUGGUCCCCCGACGGCAAGAAGCUGGCCUCAGGCUGCAAGAAUGGCCAGAUUCUCCUGUGGGACCCAAACACAGGGAAGCAGGUGGGCAGGACCCUCGCCGGCCAUAGCAAGUGGAUCACGGGCCUGAGCUGGGAGCCCCUCCAUGUGAACCCCGAGUGCCGCUACGUGGCCAGCAGCUCCAAGGACGGCAGCGUGCGGGUUUGGGACACGACCUCGGGCCGCUGUGAGCGCAUCCUCACCGGGCACACCCAGUCGGUCACCUGCCUUCGGUGGGGAGGAGACGGGCUGCUCUACUCUGCCUCGCAGGACCGCACCCUCAAAGUCUGGAGGGCUCACGAUGGUGUGCUCUGCCGGACUCUGCAAGGCCACGGCCACUGGGUGAAUACCAUGGCCCUCAGCACGGACUAUGCCCUGCGCACAGGGGCCUUUGAGCCAGCUGAGGCCUCGAUUAACCCCCAAGACCUCCAGGGGUCCUUGCAGGAGUUAAAGGAGAAGGCUCUGAGCCGGUAUAACCUUGUGCGGGGCCAGGGCCCAGAGAGGCUGGUGUCUGGCUCAGACGACUUCACCUUAUUCCUGUGGUCCCCAGCAGAGGACAAGAAGCCCCUCGCACGGAUGACGGGACACCAGGCCCUCAUCAACCAGGUGCUCUUCUCCCCCGACUCCCGCGUGGUCGCCAGCGCCUCCUUCGACAAGUCCGUCAAGCUGUGGGACGGCAGGACGGGCAAGUACCUGGCUUCCCUGCGUGGCCAUGUGGCUGCCGUGUACCAGAUUGCGUGGUCAGCCGACAGCCGGCUCCUGGUCAGUGGCAGCAGUGACAGCACAUUGAAGGUGUGGGACGUGAAGGCCCAGAAGCUGGCCACAGACCUGCCAGGCCAUGCGGAUGAGGUAUAUGCUGUCGACUGGAGUCCAGAUGGCCAGAGAGUGGCAAGUGGUGGGAAGGACAAAUGCCUCCGGAUAUGGAGGAGAUGACCCCCACCUGGACUUGGCCUGUGCCAGCUGCCUGCCCUGACAGAGACUAGAGGCCGGGUGGUGACCCGGAGAACAAGUGUGGCCUGCUGUCCUUGCACAGACCCUAGAGCAGAUCGGAGGUCACAGGUGGUUACCGCAGAGCUCAGCCCUUGGCCGUCACUCUGUACCUUCCUGGUACCAUCAGGGGUGACAGGAGGCCAGGCGACGACUAGACCCUGCUGCUGCCCCUGCCUCCUUUCCCUGCUGUCAGCUCUGUUCAGAGUCAGACCCCAGAUUCUGUGACCAAAUAAAUAAUUUAUAUUUUGUGU